AUGGUUGUGGUGGAGAAACCUAACGGAAAACUUCGCAUUUGUUUAGACCCAAAACAUCUAAACAAAGCAAUCAAGCGUGAACAUUUUCAAUUACCGACAAUUGAAGAUAUCACUACACGUAUGGCCAAUGCCAGGUGGUUCUCCAAGCUAGACGCCAAUCCUGGAUACUGGCAAAUACCUUUGGACGAGGAAAGUCAACUCCUUACCACUUUCAACACUCCAUUUGGCAGAUAUUGCUACACUUGCACUCCAUUUGGUAUCACCUCAGCACAAGAAGUUUUUCAGAAAAGGAUGCAUCAACAUUUCGACGACCUCGAAGGUGUUGAAACGGAUAUUGACGACAUCCUUAUUCACGGAACGACAGAAGAAGACCAUUAUAGACGCCUCGAAUCAGUCUUAGAAAGAUGUGAGAAGUUCAAUCUAACCUUAAACAAAGAGAAAUGUGAAUUCAAAUCCAGAGAAAUCACAUAUAUCGGACACAAACUGACAGAAAAUGGCGUUAAACCUGAUGAAGCGAAAGUUAAAGCUAUUAAUGAAAUGGAAGCACCAACAGACAGGAAAGGUGUGGAGAGACUGCUUGGAACUAGGAACUAUUUAGGAAAAUUCAUUCCAAAUUUAGCAACACUUACCAAACCAAUCAGAUCGUUGUUGAAGAAAGAGAUCGAAUUCCAGUGGUCUUUCGAGCAACAGAAAGCAUUUCAGGAUAUUAAGGACACUCUCACCAAAGAUGAAGGUCCAGUGUUAAAGUCUUUUGAUGUAUCGAAGCCUGUCACAAUUAGCUGUGAUGCGUCACCUACAGGUUUGAGGGCAGUUUUGUUGCAAGAUGGCUACCCAGUGGCGUACGCGUCAAGGUCGUUGACAGAAACCGAAUCAAGGUACGCCCAAAUAGAAAAAGAACUUCUGGCUGUGCAAUUCAGUCUUGAUCGUUUUCAUCAAUAUGUGUAUGGAAAGGAAGUUAUUGUCGAGUCAGAUCAUAAACCUCUGGAGAUGAUAGCAAAGAAAUCGCUGGCAUUAGCUCCUCCUCGUUUGCAGAGAUUACUCCUGAGAAUACAGAAGUACAACUAA